AUGAGUGCUUUAACAUGUAAUGUGGAUGUCGGCACGACCCUUCCAUUCGUUUGCUUGUGUUCGCUCUUCAGUUUCCUCUGUGGUGUGGGUAUCGGCGCGAAUGAUCUCAGUGCUAACUUCGCCAUGGUUGUGGGUAGUGGCUCACUUAACAUGAAGCAAGCUAUCAUGUACUGCACUGUCUUCGAGUUGCUUGGUGCCGCUUUUAUGGGGGGCCACGUGAGCAGCACCAUUCGCGACGGCAUCGUCGACCCCAUCCUGUUCACCAUAAACCGUGAUGUCGUUGUGAUCGGCAUGACGGCCUCCUGCUUUGCCGCGGCUCUCUGGCUGUAUCUCUCAACUGUGUUUGGGCUGCCCGUUUCUAUCACACAUACUGUUGUUGGUUCCUUGUUAGGCUUCGCCGUCUUUUCCAACGGGAGCUUCCAAUAUGUAAAAACAAGGGGGAUUCUGGUCAUCGUCGCGUCGUGGGUGUUGGCCCCGGUUGGGGCCGGCUUGGUUACGGCGGGUAUCUUCUACGUAAUGCGACGUGAAAUUCUCAAUGUCAAGGGCCGUUCCUUCGAGCUUGCUAAAUGGUCAAUGCCCUAUUGCCUUGUUCUCUGUCUACUUGUAGAUUUCAUGUUCAUUUUAAUUGAGCGUCCGCCUAUUAUAACGCAAACGCUUUCAGCAUAUGUGCCAGUUACCCUUCAAUUCAUUAUUAUACUAGUACUUAUUUUUGUUUACUGUAUCGCUUGUUCGUUGUGGUACUUUCCGAAGGUUGUGGAAGCCUCUCAGGCGGCCUUAAGCUUCGUUUGGGAAAGUCAUGGAAAGUCGGCGGAAUGUGUUGAGUUGCAACUCUCCAAUACUGGAGUCCCUUACAUCGAUGAUGGAGAUAUACAAGGCGGCGUUGAUUCCUUAUUCCAAGAUCGCAAGGCACCGAUAGGGAGGUCUGCGUCGGAGAAGCGGUCUCUGAGAAAGUCUCCAGGAAAGUGCAUGGAUUCGUGUUUGGGGCACUCAUCAGAUGGAGUCCGCACCUGCAACUGCUCAUUCGUUCUAAACCCUAUUACGCCGGCGGACAGCCACAUUACGUUGAGGCGGUCGGCCUGCCCGACCCCGAAGGCCCAUCGUAGCCCCCUCAUCUCACCGAAAUCCGGCCCCACUCCCCACGAGGAUCUCGCCGCACCUGUGGAAGUGUUGCCUAUCCACAUGGAUCUGGAACUCCCACAAGAGAGCACCAGCGCCCCUCUACGUGGACCUAACGCCAAGGGCGCCUCAAAGUCCGACUACGGCACCAUCCCCAAUGAUAUCGUCUCAAAACUGUCCCUGCCGCCCACGGAUGACAAAAUCCUCCCCGACGACGAGUUCAACGAGGAGGACUGGCGCAUGGACCACCCGAUGAAGCCGAUCAACUUCCGUGGACUCCUCAUCAAGCCCUUCAACCCGCGCGCGGAGUACCUCUUCACGGGCCUCCAGGUGGUUGCGGGGAGUAUGUCAAGUUUCGUGCACGGCGCCGUCGCGGGUGCGAACGCCACGGCGGCGUUCACCAUCCUCUACGAGGCCUUCACCAAUCACGAGCUGGGGAUGGCCGGGAUGAGCUCGCGGUGGGCGGUGCUGCCCGCAAUGAUGGGAAUCGCGAUCGGGAUGUUCGGCCUCGGCGCGAGUUUGAUGCGGACGGUGGGGAUGGAGCUGGUGACGGUGACGCCCGCUCGGGGGUGGUGCAUCCAGAUGGGCAGUACCGCCGUGACGAUGGUGCUGACCGCCGUUGGCAUCCCUAUUUCGCUCUCGCAGUCGCAGGUGGGGGCGGCGAUCGGUUGCGGCGUGCUGGACGCGCGGCUGGCGGGAGUCUCGUGGGUGCUCGUGGCGAAGAUCGUCGGUGGGUGGGUCGUAACUCUCGUGAUCAGCGCGACCACGGCGGGCCUGACGAUGUGGAUCCUCUUGUGGAUGUUCUGCUGA